CUUCUUCUUCUUCAACUCAUUCCGCGGUUGGGCAUAAAACGCAUACUAAAUUCCCUGCUUUCCCAUUACCCCUUCCCUUCCUCUCGGAUCUCCUCCUCCUCCCUCUUCUUCUUCUUCUUCUUCUUCUUCCUCUUCCUCUCUCGCUCUGAGCUUUGAUGCCUCUGGACAUGGCGAAGUCGAUUCUGGUGACGGGAGGCGCCGGGUACAUCGGGAGCCACACGGUGCUCCAGCUCCUCCUCGGGGGGUUCCGCGCGAUCGUCGUCGACAACCUCGACAACUCCUCCGAGGAGGCGAUCCGGCGCGUCGGAGAGAUCGCCGGAGAGUCCCGCGAGAAUCUCACAUUCUAUAAGGUUGAUCUUCGGGAUAAAGGUGCACUGAACAAAAUCUUUUCUUCAACCAAAAUAGAUGCCGUUAUUCACUUUGCUGGGUUAAAAGCUGUGGGUGAAAGUGUGCAGAAUCCAUUGCUUUACUAUGAUAAUAAUUUUGUCAGUACACUUACUCUUUUGGAAGUAAUGGCUUCCCAUGGAUGCAAGAAGCUGGUAUUCUCAUCAUCGGCCACUGUCUAUGGGUCGCCAAAAGUAGUCCCCUGCACAGAAGAAUUCCCUCUAGUUGCAAUGAGCCCAUAUGGGCGUACAAAGCUUGUCAUAGAAGAGAUGUGUCGUGAUAUAUACCAUGCAGACUCUGAAUGGAGUAUCAUAUUACUGAGAUACUUCAAUCCUGUUGGAGCUCAUCCUAGUGGACACAUAGGUGAAGAUCCACGAGGAUAUCCUAAUAACCUAAUGCCCUUCGUUCAGCAAGUUGCUGUUGGGAGAAGAAGUGCACUUACUGUGUUUGGCAAUGAUUAUUCAACCACUGAUGGAACUGGGGUACGAGACUACAUCCAUGUGGUUGAUUUGGCAGAUGGACAUAUUUCUGCAUUGAGGAAGAUUUUUGAAGACGCUGAGACAGGCUGUGAAGUGUAUAACCUAGGAACUGGAAAAGGAACGUCAGUGUUGGAAAUGGUUGCAGCAUUUGAAAAGGCUUCUGGGAAGAAAAUUCCUUUGGUAAUAGCUGGACGGCGACCUGGUGAUUCGGAAAUUCUUUAUGGUUCAACAAUCAAAGCAGAAAAGGAGCUCAAAUGGAAAGCAAAGUAUACCAUCGAAGAUAUGUGUCAAGAUCAAUGGAAUUGGGCUAGCAAGAACCCUUAUGGAUACGGAUCACCGGGCUCUACUAACUACAAGUAGUAUUCAUUCGUUCCUGGGUUAAAAAAAAGUCACUGAUUCAUCAACUCCAUGGAUAUGAGCUGUAGAUCCAGCCGAUAACAUUUUCUUUUCGAGAAAAGGGACCAUCGUCUAAUAAAUACUGUACACUAGGAAAGUUCUCUUUUAUUAUAUUAGCCCAUAUAGGGUAGUGAUAUUAACAAAGCUAUCUUUACUAGGCGCAGAUCAGAUUUGUUGAACCUGGUCAAGUUUAGUCAGUAAAUAGUGACUUGGUUCAACGAUUCUAUAUGCUGAUAUCAAAGUCAGCUCUGUCAAUAGCACCCCUAUAUGAAGAUAGAGAUUAUCAUUUUUAUAGUAUGAAGUUUUAAAUCAAGAUUCAAGACCGACAGAUUAGUGCAUUGUUUCAGGGAUGUAGUAAAUUACAUUUUAUCUUUGAAGAAGGCUGUAAAAGAACAAAGUUAUUAUUUAAUUCUUUCAUUCAUUUCUAUGGA